AAUAAAAUGUAAACAAAACUUGGACAAUAUAUAAUAUUUAACAACUCAUGUUUAAUUGUAGUGAAAAAAUCGAAGAAAUUUUUCUUUUUUAAUAGUUUUCUUAAGUAAAAUUUAAGAUUCUAAAAUAUAUAUAUAUAGCAAACGUGAAGUUUACGAAAGUAUUUUAGGUUAUGUCGUAAUUUUUAAAACAUCGGGAUAUUUUACCAUUAAAAAUUAACAAAAAAACAAGAAAUUACCAUUAAAUUUCGAAUGUGAUUUUUUUUUUAAAUUUGUGCAAUUAUAUAAAAUGGAAGUUCCCGAAAAGUUGAAUUGUGAAAAAAACCUCGAAAAUACCAUAAAUGAAAACGUAGUCGCAGAAAGUUCAACAAACAUUGAAAAAAUAGAAUCUAACGAAACAAUGGAAAUCGAAGUAAGUAAAAUUGAAUCUUCAAAUGAAAAAGAAGAAAAUUUAAAUUCUGAAGAUUUAAAAAACAUUGAAAUAAAGAUUGCAUCUGGGGAAAAUGUUACAGAAAAAUUAGUUGACAAUUCCCCUCAAAUUGAAUCAUUGCAACACACUUUUAAGAAACCUGAUUUACUUAUUGGACCACGAAAAGGUAAACCUACCGCACGAAAAGUGGUGAAUUUAAACGAAAAAUCAGAAAAUUCCAUUAUCCAGGAAGUAGAAACAAAAUGUGAUUCCGAGAAUUUUCGAAUAACGACAGAAAAAUGUGACGAAAAACAGAGAGAAAAAGAAGAAGAAGGUAAAGAAAAAGAAACAGAAAAAAUAAUAAAAAAAGAUGAAAAAUCUUUAGAAGUGAAAAAAAAUGAAGUAGAAAUAGAAAAAUUGAAAGAAAAACAAUUACGAGAGAGAAAACAAAUUAUCGAGAAGGAAAAGCAAAUUCCAUUGCCUUAUAGGGAACCAACAUGGAGUGGAAAACCGGAAAAUAAAUAUAAAGCUGAAAUUUUGAAAUCGGGGCAGAUUUUAGAAACAAUAGAUUUGAGUGAAAAAAAUUUUUACGUCGUUGGACGAUUACCAAUUUGUGAUAUUCCUCUUGCAAAUCCAACAAUUUCACGAUAUCAUGCAAUUUUUCAAUAUCGCAAUGAAUCCGAUGAGAAAAAUGAGAAAGGCCUCUAUGUUUAUGAUUUGGGAAGUACGCAUGGUACUUUCUGGAAUGGUAAUCGUAUUAGGAAAAAUAUUUACGUGAGAGUACGUAAUGGACAUAUGAUCAAAUUUGGCAAUAGUCAACGAAAAUUCAUUAUGCAAACACCUCGCGAAGAAGAAGAAGAGGAAUCCGAAUUGACUGUCACUGAAUUGAAGGAGAAACGAAGAAUAGAAAUGGAGGAGCGAACAAAAAUGGAGUUAGAACGCCAAAAAGAAGAGGAAUUAGCGGAGAAAUUACGACUUGAAAAAGAAGAAAAUGAAGGUGUCGAUUGGGGAAUGUCCGAGGAUGCGGACGAAGAGACGGAUUUAAAGGAAAAUCCAUAUGCUCAAACAAAUAACGAGGAAUUAUUUUUAGAAGAUCCAAAAAAAACGUUACGCGGCUGGUUUGAACGUGAAGGACACGACUUGCAAUAUCAAGCUGAAGAAAAUGGAAUCGGACGAUUCACAUGCUGGGUUGAAUUGCCAAUAGACGAUUAUGUUGGAAGAUCUGUAAAAGCAGAAGCGUGUGUAAAGGGAAAAAAGAAAGAGGCAGUUGUUCAAUGCGCUUUGGAAGCUUGUAGAAUUUUAGACAGACACGGACUUUUAAGACAAGCUGUUCAUGAAAGUAAAAAGAAAAAAGCGCGUAACUGGGAGGAACAAGAUUUUUACGAUUCAGAUGAAGAUAAUUUCCUGGACAGAACGGGAGCCGUGGAACAAAAGAGAGAACAAAGAAUGAGAAACGCUGGAAAAUUGAAUGCAAAAGCGGAAACUUAUAAUUCACUAACAGAAAAAUAUGAGGAAGUAAUGAAACAAAUUGAAAAUAUUGAAAAUCGUUUGAAACAAUCGCGAGACAAUGAAAAUAUGGAGGAAAAUUUAGGUGUCGAUGCACUAGAUGCAUUUAUGUCAAAAUUAAAAAGUGCAUCGAUUUUAAAUAAAAGUGAGAAAACAAAAUUGAAAAUGGAUUUGCAAAAGUUGCAUAAAGAGGAGGCGCAACUUUUGAAAUUAAUUGACAUUUCAAAACCGGCAAAUUUACCGGCAUUAAAGCCACAAACAUCAAAAAGUGUUGAAACUCUGCCAACUAAACGGAAAUCAUUUGAUAAUUCUCCUAAAUUUGAAAAAAAAAUGAAAAAAUCGAUUGUCUCUCAACCAAAUGAAGAGUCUGAAACAAUGAAUAAAGAAAAAGAUUCUCCUAGUGAAGAAGAAUUUUCAGAAAAUAAAUCCGAUGAAAAAUCUAUGAAAAUUGCAGAAUCAAGUGAGGUAUUUGUAAAAAAGAAUAAUAAGGAUGACACUAAUGUAAAUGAUGAAAAAAAUAAAGUAGAAAAAUGUGCAGAAAUUGUUAAUGAACAAAAAGAAAUGAUAAAUGAAUCUGUAGAAGAAAAGAAUGACGAUGAAGAAGUUUUGAGGAAAAAGAGACGAAAUAUGAAACGAAUUCAACAACGAGCUUUGAAAGCGGAAAAAGAGAAGAUAAAAAGCUACGAGGAAGAGGAAUAUAAAGAAGACUAUUGCACUUGGGUUCCACCACAAGGACAAAGUGGAGACGGUAAAACUUCUCUUAAUGAUAAAUUCGGUUAUUAAAUUUCACUAAAAACAAAUGAUGAUUCAAUUUAAUUUAAAGUAAAAAAUUUAACUUUUAAUUUAAUGUAAUAUUUUUUUUGAUGCAACUGAAUUUUUGAAUUUAGUGAUUUUCAAAUUCAACUCUAAUUUUACAAUUUAAUGAAAUUAUGAAAUUUCAUUUAAUUUCAAAUAAAUUUGAAAAAAAUGAAAAUUUUAUUUUCAUAUUUAUUUUAUUUUUUGCAGAAUUGUUUUUUUUUCAUUUAAUUAUUAAUGACUUGAUAAUAUUUGUCAAUGGUUUGUACAUAAUUUAAAUUAUAAGUAUUUUAAUAAAAUACAAAA